UCAGCGUCACUCAAUCGUUCCCUUUUACGAUUUUUAUGUUUGCAGUCAUCAAAGCUGACGGGACAGACGAUCUGCCGCACUUACUGUCUGCUCACAUGAAGUGCAAAUUUGAAAGCUGGAGUGGCGAAAUCGCUUCCAAUUCAUACCAGUCAUGUAUGAAUACCUGUAUGAACCGUGCUCUUGGAGUGUCCGACUUCUCAAAAAAUAUCCCGGCUGUAAAUUUGUCCAAAGAAUAUAGCGUAUUUGAAAAUCAAUGCAAUAUGCUGAUAACAAAACUUUCAAAAUAUUGCAUUUUGAAAGCUAAGGAUUUGCAGUUGACAACUUUAGUCAACGACCAAUAUUUCUUCUCAUUUAUCAAAAAAAAAACUUUUUUCGGAGCUGAGAAAUUUUGCUCAAAGUAUGGAAUGAGAUUGGCCCACGUAAAGAGCAAAGCAGAUGAAAUCACCUUAACGGCCCAUUUAUUGGCUCAAAGUUUUUGGUUGGACAUAGAAGAGGUUUGGUUUGGUGCUAUGCGAUCUGACAAUUUAUUCUACUGGCGUUCAACCUCCAAGGAAAUAUCAAGAACGUUUUCAAUUCAAAUAAAAAAUAUUGUUAAUAUUAGCUGCGUUUUCGCCAACAACUGGAGGUCUGGGUUAAAUUUCGUAGCUGGAAACUGUUCCGAGGAGAGGAUCUUUGUUUGCGAAUUUCCGUCUAAUUGCUACUCAGAAUGCGAACCAGAACCCACGACUACGACAACUCCUGCACCAACUACCAUCACGGAGGCAGAAACAACCAAAAUUGCAGUUUAA